GGAGGAAGCAGGUCAUGUAUCACUAUGGCCCUGCGUAGAUGCGUCUUCUGCCGUCUCGAGGACUCUGCGCCUCUCGAUAGCCGGCUACAGCGGCAGAUCCAAGCCGUGAAUGUGGUCGAGCGGUGCGGCGGCUGGCUGUGUGUCGUCCGGCCUCUGUAGGACGUGCGCUGCUGGGACGUACGCCUCUGCCACGAAUAUCUCGGAGCGUAUUGGCCACGCGUGGCGACGGGUGACCAGAGUAUACGCCGAUAGAGCGUCCGCUCGUCCCGCCCUUUUCUGGAGGCGUUACGGCACGGCUGUCUCCCGUUUUUAGACGUGGGGUCGGAGGGACCGAUAGAACGGACGCAGCGUACGGCGGGUGUCCUCCUCGUCGGGUCCUUAUGGCGCCAUCCGGAACUCGCCAGUUGGGGAAGGUUCAGCAGCGGGCUCGCUUUCCUGCGUCCGACUCGCGUUCGAGUCGCCGUGCACAUCAUCGUCCGGUGCUUCGAUGCCAGGACACGGACACGGCGGCCUGAGAGCUGGCCCGACGGCGGC